UGCAGCCUGGGAUUUGCUGCCCUGGCAGAGGAGGAGAUCUCGGGGCUGAUUUGCUUCAGAUGAGCGAGGAAUAAAUCUCUCUGCACUGUUACCCCGGCGAGGAAAGGCGGCAGCUGCGAGGGAUUCUUUUUUUUCCCCGCUGUACCCGCUAUUUGUGUUAUUUUUGGAUUAUUAUUUUGUUGCAUGGUCCGGGGCUCCGUGCAUCCAGCGCUGCAUGCCACCUGCAGGCAAUGAGGGCACCGAGGCUGCAGGAGGGGGUGGGAGCACCCCGACAUCUGAGCAUCCCCUGAGGGCCAGCAGGCGCUGAUUGUAGGAGCUUUUAUUGUUGGGCAGCAUGCAGGCUGAGGGGCCCCCCGUGUGAAGGCCCCGGCUCUUUCAUUUAUUUAUUGCCAUUUUAUUUAUUAUUCCGUCGGAGAGAGUCGUAACUGUGAAGGAGGGAAAGCUCCCCGAGGCCUGCAGGAGGGAUAACAGCCCCGCUCUCCCGCCCGCCGGCCGCGGUAACCGCACAAGAUGUCGGCCAGGACGCCAUUGCCCACAGUGAACGAGCGGGACACUGAGAAUCACACUUCAUUGGAUGGGUACCCGGAACCUCAUGUCCCACCUACCAAAUCGAGCAGCCGGCAGAGCCUCCCUCGGUGUCGUAACUCCAUCGCGUCCACCACCGACGAGCAGCCUCACGUCGGGAACUACCGCCUGCUGAAAACUAUAGGGAAGGGGAACUUUGCCAAGGUGAAACUGGCCAGACAUGUCCUCACCGGAAGAGAGGUGGCGGUAAAAAUUAUCGAUAAAACCCAACUUAAUCCUACAAGUCUACAAAAGUUAUUCCGCGAAGUCAGAAUAAUGAAGAUUUUAAAUCACCCAAAUAUCGUAAAACUCUUCGAGGUCAUCGAGACAGAGAAGACCUUAUACCUAAUAAUGGAAUAUGCUAGCGGGGGAGAGGUGUUUGAUUAUUUAGUGGCCCACGGAAGAAUGAAGGAGAAGGAGGCGCGGGCGAAAUUUAGGCAGAUUGUAUCUGCCGUGCAGUAUUGUCAUCAGAAAUGUAUUGUGCAUCGAGAUUUAAAGGCGGAAAACCUUCUCCUUGACGCGGACAUGAAUAUCAAAAUAGCAGAUUUUGGCUUCAGCAACGAGUUCACCAUUGGUAACAAGCUGGACACGUUCUGCGGGAGCCCACCAUACGCGGCUCCAGAGCUCUUUCAGGGAAAGAAAUACGACGGGCCCGAAGUGGACGUUUGGAGCCUCGGGGUCAUUCUGUACACACUAGUGAGCGGAUCUUUACCUUUUGACGGGCAGAAUUUAAAGGAAUUAAGGGAGCGAGUUUUACGCGGAAAAUACCGGAUUCCUUUCUAUAUGUCCACAGACUGCGAAAACCUUCUGAAAAAACUGUUGGUCCUCAAUCCCAUCAAGCGAGGCAGCUUAGAGCAAAUCAUGAAGGACCGGUGGAUGAAUGUUGGUUACGAGGAUGAAGAAUUAAAGCCGUACACCGAGCCUGAACAGGAUUAUAAUGACACCAAAAGAAUAGAUAUUAUGGUCACCAUGGGAUUUUCAAGGGAGGAGGUUAACGAGGCCGUGCUGAAUAACAAGUACGAUGAAGUGAUGGCUACUUACUUGCUUCUUGGGAGAAAGCCGCCAGAGUUCGAGGGAAGCGAGUCUGUCUCCAGUACCAACCUAUGUCAAAGGUCUCGGCCUAGCAGUGACCUAAAUAACAGCUCUGUGCCUUCUCCCGCGCACAUGAAAGUUCAGAGGAGCAUAUCAGCCAAUCAGAAGCAGAGGCGCUUCAGCGACCAUGCCGGGCCAUCAAUCCCACCGUCCGUGUCUUACACGAAGCGAGGACAAGCAAACAGUGUUGAAAGUGAGCAGAAAGAGGAGUGGGAUAAGAACGGGUCUCGGAAGCUCAGCAGCACUACGGUGGGCUCCAAAGGAGAGGUGGCAGCCAGCCCCCUGACCGGACCAGAGAGGAAAAAGUCUACAACGGGCACAAGUAAUAGCCUGUUCCCCGGCAGCGGGAUGACGAGAAGAAACACUUACGUGUGUGAACGUACUACUGACAGACCCAAUGCCGUACAAAAUGGGAAAGAUAGCAGCUUAACAGAAAUGUCUACGGGGACCGCAGCUUCUACGGGGACCGCGGCCCCCUCAACGCGACCUCGCCACCAGAAGUCUAUGUCCGCCUCGGGGCACCCAAUAAAAGUCACUCUGCCUACUAUCAAAGACGGGACCGAAGGCUUUCGGCCGAGCAGUGCAUCUCAGAGAGUGCCUGCCACUUCCCCGUCUGCCCACAGUAUCAGCAGCAGCACCACUCCAGAUCGGACCCGCUUCCCUCGCGGAAGUACCAGCCGGAGCACUUUCCACGGAGAGCAGCUCAGGGAUCGGCGCACGGCCACUUACAACGGGCCGCCGGCGUCGCCUGCCCACGAGACCAACCAGUUCUCCCAUUCUAGAAGGGGGACCUCAACUGGAAUCAUCAGCAAGAUCACCUCCAAGUUUGUGCGUAGGGAUCCGAGUGAAGGAGAAGCCACUGGCAGAACAGACACAUCCAGGAGUACAUCCGGAGAACCUAAAGAGAGAGAAAGAGAAGACCAGAAGGAUUCCAAGCCGCGUUCUCUGCGCUUCACCUGGAGCAUGAAAACGACCAGCUCCAUGGACCCCAACGACAUGAUGAGGGAGAUCCGCAAAGUCCUGGACGCCAACAACUGCGACUACGAGCAGAAGGAGAGGUUCCUGCUCUUCUGCGUUCACGGAGACGCCCGGCAGGACAGCUUGGUCCAGUGGGAAAUGGAGGUGUGCAAGCUGCCGCGCCUGUCCCUCAAUGGGGUGCGCUUCAAGAGAAUAUCCGGGACCUCCAUCGCCUUCAAGAACAUUGCGUCCAAGAUCGCAAACGAGCUCAAACUGUGAAGCAACAACUGAAAAGGAAUGUUUAGCGUAACCUAGAACAUCGGAAUGUACUGGAGGAUCCUAUGCCGCAAGGGCGCAAACUUGGGCAACGUCGACCAGUAAAGGGACUCUUAUUACCCCUUGGCACGUGAGCCUUUUUUCCAUACGGAUGCCGCCCUGACGGCAGUAAGGCCUCACGUCGCUAUAAUCAACUCUACAACUCAAAAAAACAACCAGUCUGUGACAUCACGUGUACAGCGGAGUAUCUAGAAUGUUCUGUUUCGGUUCUACGUUCAUAGAAUUGUAUCAUAGACGACAAAUUGCUUACCGCAAGCGGAUCUUGUACAGCUGGGGUUAAGUUUCCUGUACAGAGAUCGUCGCUCGUCGUUUUUGUUCUUCCUCGUUUGGUUUAUGGAGACGAUCAUUUUAUUUUUACGAUGUAACGUUCCUUCAAAAUCUUCAGCGGAAAGGAAGCGGUUUGUUGUCGCAGCCGUAGGCAAUUAUUAUUAUAUAUAUUUUUUUUAAUUAUUAUUAUUUACACAAACGCUCCAUUACGGUUAUUUAUAAGCUGCAUCACAUCCCUGCUGUACUUUAGGGGUCCUUGUCGUGAACCCUCCAAUGAGCCUUUCAUGCAAAUGAUCUCUUGUAUGUAAAUAAACGCAUAAUUAGCUGUUCCUUGCAGUAUUUUAGAGGGAGAAGUAUGAUCAUGUUUACAGUAUUAAAAAAAAAAUUAAAACAAAAAAAAAAAAUAA